AUGGCUGACUCUAGCAAUGAGAAGAUCCCCGACCCCGUCGGGGGCCACCAGGAGCCCGUCGACGACGAGGAGAAGCUGGGCUCCAGUGCACUCGACUCUACCGAAUCCGUCGACGACAUCCAACAGCUGAAGAAGACGGAGGCACUCGAGGAACGUCUCGCCACUGGUGAAGCCACAGACGACGAGUACCGUGUCGAAACGGCCCACGACAUUGCAAUCAAGGUUCUCAGCACGCGUGACGACGUGGACCUCCCUGUCCUCACGUUCCGUAUGAUCUUCCUUGGUCUCGGUUUCUCUGCUUUCGGCGCCGUUUUGGCCCAGUUGUACUACUUUAAGCCUCAAACACUUACGGUUUCCCAAGGUUUCCUUCUGAUCGUGACAUACUUCAUCGGCAAGCUCUGGGAAAAGGUCAUUCCCCAGAAGGGAAUCCUCAAGUGGAUCAACCCAGGGCCUUUCAACAUCAAGGAACAUGCUGCAAUCAUUAUCAUGUCCUCUACGGCUAGUUCAUCCGCAACGGCUAUUCAGGUCAUCUCAGUCCAGGAUCUGUACUACGACAACAAAGUCAAUCCCGGGAUCGCUAUUUUCACUCUCCUGGCGUCCCAGCUCAUCGGAUAUGGUUUUGCCGGACUCUUGCAAGAGGCACUCGUUUACCCAUCCAUCUGUUUCUGGCCAUCGAACAUCAUGUCCGCCAACAUGUUCCAGGCUCUGCACUUCGACGGUGGUUUGGGCAGUAAGCGCACAAAGCUGUUCUGGGGUGUCUUCGCAGCUAUUUUCUGCUACGAGAUUAUUCCUCAGUGGAUGUUCCCUCUCAUGACUGGCUGGACGAUCUUCUGCUUGAUUGACCACAAGCACGCUACUAUCCGCAACAUCUUCGGAGGUGCUAGCAACAACGAGGGCAUGGGCUUGUUCGCUGUCUGCCUCGACUGGAAUCUGAUUGGCUCCGAUAACUUGUACAUCCCACUCUGGACGCAAAUCAACGAGGAUAUCGGCAUCAUCUUCACUUACAUUUUGAUGUGCGCUGUGUACUAUGGCAACAUCUGGCGAGGUCAAGACUUCCCCUUCAUGUCACAGGCGUUGUUCGACUCUGACGGCAACGAGUAUAAUCAGACUGCAAUUCUUACCAACGGGAAGUUCGAUGCGGACAAGUACGAUGCCAUCGGCCCUGCCUGGUUCUCGUCUACGAAUGCCCUCAGUCUGAUCACGCAGAACUUGGCUAUGGGCGCGACCACUGUCCACGUCUUUUUGUUCUACUGGAAGGAGAUCAAGCCAUUUGUGAACAUGCUCAACCCAUGGAACAAGGAGGUCAACGUCGUUCACGAUGAGCACUACUUGAGUGACUACAAGAAGGUUCCGCGCUGGUGGUUCGUCGCCCUCCUGGUCGUCGCGUACGCCAUGGCUCAGGCCACGGACUACACCGGCCAUUCGCAUUUCUCUUGGUGGGCACUGACUGUCAUCCUGUUCUUGUCGUUGUUCUUCACUACCGUAUACGCGACUACGUCCGCUAUUUUGGGUUUCAAGGAGUUCAGCGGUGGUCUUAAUGGAUUUUACCAGAUGCUCGCCUCUUACAUGGCUCCCGGAGACCCUGUCGCCAACAUGUACGCAGCGCUCUACGGCGGUCAGCCAACUGUGCAGGGCAUCAAACUCCUGCAGGAUCUGAAGCUCGGUCAAUACAUCAAGAUCCCUCCGCGAGUCAACUUCGUUGUUCAGAUUCUGGGAUGUAUCGUCGGUGCUAUCCUUAACUACGUCAUGAUGUUGUCCGUCAUCGACUCCCAACGCGACGCGCUUCUCUCUAUCGCUGGUACCCGUCUCUGGUCCGGACAGAACGCUCAAAGCUAUAACUCCAACGCUAUCGCUUGGGGCGCAUUGGGCCGCCAGAUGUUCAGUUCUGGCCAAACGUAUUACAUGGUCCCCGCUGCCCUUGGUAUCGGCUGCUUGCUCCCCAUCCCCGGUUACAUUCUCCACCGGAUGUACCCCAAAAACACGUUCUUCGCCAACUUCAACACUGGUGUCGUUGUCCAGUACUCGUGUUAUCUUUCUGUCGGUAUCAAUACAUCGGUGAACACCGCUAUGGUCAUCGGCCUAACGUCGCAACUCUACCUCCGUAAGAAGUACCCGAAGUGGUUCACGAAGUACAACUACAUCGUCGCUGGUGCGCUUGACGGUGGAACCCAGGUCAUCAGUUUCAUCCUCAACUUGGCCGUGUUCGGUGCCGUCGGGGACGCGCACGCUUUCCCCGAGUGGUGGGGUAACGAUCUCAAUUACUCCGCCGACAGGUGUCUUGCUCCCCCAGGCUAG